GGCUUCUAUAAGGGCGGAAAGUUUACGUUUAGUUUCAAAGUAUCGCAAAACUAUCCCCACGAACCACCAAAAGUCAAGUGCGAGACCCGGGUAUAUCACCCCAACAUUGAUCUCGAGGGCAAUGUGUGUCUCAAUAUAUUGCGCGAAGACUGGAAACCCGUUCUCACCAUCAACUCAAUUGUCUAUGGCUUACAGUAUCUGUUUUUAGAGCCCAAUCCUGAGGACCCCCUCAACAAAGAGGCGGCAGAAGUGCUGCAAACGAAUAGACGAUUAUUUGAGACGAAUGUACGGAAAGCUAUGGGCGGCGGACAGAUAGCCAACACUUAUUUCGAUCGAUGCUUAAGACAAUAACACAAACAAUUCACUUACUAUUGAAUAUUAAAACACAAAUAUUGAGAUAAACAACAAUUUCUAUGAAUAUUAAACACAAUUAAGGGCUUAUUAUAGAAGUGUUAUUAGAAUUGUUUUCUUUCUUGUGAUCUUUCAUCGAUUUGUACAUAAAAUUCAUAAAAAUUUUCUUGUAAUGAAUAUUUGCGUCGAGUUUGAAUAAAAAUGGAUUUUUCUCAGAAUA